AUGUCUAACCGCCCCCACGCUCCGCCUCCCCAUAUCAUCGCCCUAGAUGGCCGUGAGGUUGAUCUCCUCCACUGGAUGUACGCCCGCUCCGAUAUCAAGCAAAUUCGUGGAAACCCGGAAAAAGUCAUCGCUGCCAUUGAUGAGUACCACGACAAGCAUAACAAACUGAUGAACAUCGGCGAUGUCAAAGGACCGACUAUGCUCGAUAUUAUUGCCCAAAGAAAGCCAUCCCUGAUGAUUGAGCUUGGUGGAUACGUUGGUUACUCGGCUGUUCUCUUCGGCAAUGCUCUCAAGACCCAUGGAGGAAAGCUGUUGAGCAUUGAGGUCAAUCCUGAAAUGGCUGCUGUCGCAAAUCAGCUAGUCGAACUCGCCGGCCUACGUGAAAUUGUGCAGAUUAUGGUGGGAGCCAGCAAUGAGGUGCUGGAGGAGUUGGUUCGGGAGAAGAAGCAGAUAAAAGAGGUAGAGUUGAUCUUCCUUGAUCACUGGCAAAAGCUGUACCUUCCAGAUUUGUGGCUCCUCGAAGAGUUGGGAGUUCUCAUUCCUGGAAAAACGAUGUUGGUUGCGGACAAUGUUAUUAUGCCUGGUGCUCCAGACUACGUGGAGUGGGUAAAGGCAACACCGGAAGAGAAGAAGAAGCUGCUUGAAAAGGCGGACGUUGGAGCUCGUCGCCCUAAGCCUGAGCUUAUUUAUGAAACUAUUGUACCCGAGUUUGAUACAGACUUUGGAAAGGAUGGUCUUGCGAUCACGAAAGUGCUGUGA